CUUAUUUUCUUAAAUGAAUAAUCCUUAACAAAUUAAUAUAGGUUUCUUCCACUUUCCUAUUUUCCCUGGAGUGUAUGGUCAAAUUGCCCAACUAGCAGUAUGGGCCUUUUGAUGGGUGGUCUAGAACUUGAGUUUGUUUGAUUUCUCCUUUCUCUUCCUGGUUUCCUGACCCAUUUGGUUUGGUAGCAGCUCCUUACUUCCUGUGCAUAAUGAUAACUUCUCUGCAUCUCUUGACAUUUUAUCAUGGCAGUGUGCCUAUGAAGUCGACCAGCACCUCCUUCUGUUUGAACUUAGGUUAUAUUAAUCAUCUGAUUUGCACAUCAAUCUGUUGCUAGGGGGGUUACUGAUGUCACACUGUCAGUAUUAUGAUUACCAUAAUAUCUAACAGGCAAAAAGGAACUGGUUGCUAGUGGAAACCUUAGGGUAAAACUCACCCAGCUUUAGUAACCAACUCGAUUGCAUAGACUUCCGAUAACCAUGUGAAGGGAAUUCCACCAUCAGAAAAGAGGCCAAACUUCCAUCACCAUGGUGGAUGCCAAGUGUCUGAGUGACUGUAAAUUGCAGAACCAACUUGAGAAGCUUGGAUUUUCACCUGGCCCAAUACUACCUUCCACCAGAAAGUUGUAUGAAAAAAAGUUAGUACAAUUGUUGGUCUCACCUCCCUGUGCACCACCUGUGAUGAAUGGACCCAGAAAGCUGGAUGGAGCUCAGGACAGUGAUGACAGCGAAGAGCUUGAUAUCAUUUUUCAAGGAAAUAUCAUACUCUCAACAGAAAAAAGCAAGAAACUCAAAAAAAGGCUCGAGGCUUCCACCACUAAACCCAAAGCUGUAGAUACCUAUUGCCUGGAUUAUAAGCCUUCCAAGGGAAGAAGGUGGACUGCAAGAGCACCAAGCACCAGAAUCACAUAUAGGACUAUCACCAAGGAGAGAGACUACUGCACGGAAGACCAGACUGUGGAGAGCUGGAGAGAAGAUUUCCCAGUGGGCAUGAAGCUUGCUGUGCUUGCUAUUUUCAUCAUUGUGGUGUUUGUCUACCUAACUGUGGAAAAUAAGUCGUUAUUUGGUUAAGUAAUUCAGGAGCAAAGCAAUGCUCCAAAUGAGGCCUCCUACUUCAGGAAAGAACCAAAAAACUACCCUGAAGAGCAAGCCUAGCCCGCAGCCCUCCCUUGCAGGGAGCCUUCCCUUACUCUGUGCUCCUCUCACAGAUCUGCAUCUGGGCUCAACCAGGUGGAAGGAGCCAACGAAAGAGCCAGGCACCUGUGUUAAGAACAAGAUGGUUAGGAAAUCCCCCAAGUCAUGUCAGCUCUCAUUAAAGGUGCUUCCAUAUUUGAGCAGGCAUCAAACAAG